UUGCGCCUCACGACGAUUCCAUCUCCAGUCUUUACGAAGACUGAAAGCCAAAUGCGAAAUCGAUCUGGCAUGAAGAUGGCGGUCGACACAGACAACAACGAUAUAUUUGAUUGUAUCGUCAUGGCGGACGAAAAAUUCCGCGGGGAGGGCUACGAAGAAGGCUUUAAGAAAGGGACCCACCAAGGUCUGCAGACUGGCCGCAGACAUGGAGCCUCUCAUGGGGCUCAACUGUCCGCGGAGAUUUCCUUCUAUUAUGGAUUUGUCGUGACGUGGAAAUGUCUUGUGCAGCACACAUCAGAGCCCAAACAAAGAAAACGCCUCAAAACCCUAGAAUCGCUUCUGGGUUUGAUCCAGAAUUCCAGCUACGAAGAGCCGCAAUCUGCAAAACUCAAGGACGAUAUGGGGAGGCUUCGGAGCAAAUUCAAACAGGUCUGCUCCAUCCUCAGCGUCCAUACUGACUUCAAGGAUUACACCAAAACGUCGACUGGAGCUUCGUUCUAAGUCUUGGCAAGACUCGAGUGGCAAACGCGACACGAGAAACUAUAUGACGUCAUAUCUGUAAAACCCAAAGACGCAGCGGCAUUGUUUCGACGGAUGUGCAACCUGGAUAUCCACACCACGAUGGAGACGCGAAGCAUUUGUUGAAGUCUUAUUGUUUUGUUGUUUCAUUCCAAAAUACGUUGUAUACGUAUACGUUUGUAAAGUUGACAAAUAAAUAAUGAUUUGCA